ACUUUGCGUGAGGUGAGUGCAACAUACUGAUCGACCAGCCAGAUCCCAAUCUCGUCGUGCACUCGAACCGCCUCCUCUGCCGACCCAGACGCCAUCCAUCUCCACGACCGCCGCCACCACCGCCACCUGCUGCUGCUUCACUCCAUCCCGCUGUCCCCACCCCCACCGCCUCCGCUACAGCUCACCGAUGACCACCCCGUCCGCGCCGCCGCCCUGCCCACACCUCGCCGCGUACCGCCUCUCGUCGCGCCCGCUCCGCUUCCUCCGCCGCUGCCUCCGCGUCCGCCCGCUCGGCCGCCCCGAGAUCCGCCGCGAUCCGCGCGAGCUCCCGCGCUGCUCGCCCUGCGCCGCCGCAUCCCCGCCCUCCCCCUCCCGACUCUACGCCUGCCUCUCCUGCGCCGCCGUCUUCUGCCCCUCCCACGCCGCCUCCCACGCCGCCGCCUCCGCCCCCGGCCACCAGAUCGCCGUCGACGUCGACCGCGCCGAACUCUUCUGCGCCGCCUGCGGCGACCAGGUCUACGAUCCCGAUUUCGACCAUGCCGUCUUCCUCGCCCAAUCCUCCUCGCUCCUCUCCUCCACCGCCGCCGCCUCCCCAUCCCCGGCCCCCCGCAAGCGCCGGCGCGUGGACUACCGCGCCUGGGCCCCGGAUCCGACCGAAUUCGCGCUCAUGAGCUCCGCCGACCCCACCACCUCCGCGUCCGCCGCCGCGCCGGCGGGGCUGCGCGGGCUCAACAACCUCGGCAACACCUGCUUCAUGAACUCCGUGCUCCAGGCGCUCCUACACGCGCCGCCGCUCCGCAACUACUUCCUUGGUGAUCGGCAUAACCGAUUCCUCUGCCCGCGCCGCACGCCCGUCAGACACCGGGCCACGGAGGCCGACGCCGCCAAGGUCGCGUGCCUUGCGUGCGAUCUCGACGAGAUCUACUCCGCUGCCUUCUCCGGAGAGCGCAUGCCCUACAGCCCCGCCAAGUUGCUAUAUAGUUGGUGGCAGCAUGCAUCGAACCUUGCAAGCUACGAGCAACAGGAUGCACAUGAAUUUUUUAUCUCCAUCCUUGACCAUAUCCACGAAAAUAUAAAGGAUGUUCAACACAAGUCACAUGCUCAAGGCCAUGGGGACUGUUGCAUUGCCCACAGAGUGUUUUCUGGUAUCCUGAGGUCAGAUGUCACCUGCACAAGCUGUGGAUUCACAUCCACAACUUUCGAACCCUGUAUGGACGUCUCCUUAGACUUGGAUGCUGGACAUAACAACUCUCUUCGUGUUGCAAACACAAAGCCGCAUGUUCGCAACGGGGAACGGAGCUUGGCUGGUGUGAAUUCCAAGGUAACAACACUCAUGAGAUGUUUGGAGCGGUUUACAAGGGCUGAGAGGCUUGAUGCUGAGCAGAAGUUCUUCUGUGAACGUUGCAAUGAGAGGCAAGAGUCCCUGAAGCAAAUGUCCAUUCGGAGGCUUCCAUUAGUUUCCUGCUUCCAUAUUAAGAGAUUUGAGCAUUCGUCAGUCAAAAAGAUGUCAAGGAAGGUUGACCACUGUAUUCAGUUUCCCUUUUCCCUUGACAUGGCACCUUACCUGUCAUCUUCUAUUCUCAGAAGUAGGUAUGGUAACCGCAUAUUUCCAUCAGAGGCUAGUGAUGCAGAUGCAGUUUCAGAAUUGUCAUCAGAAUUUGAAAUAUUUGCGGUGAUCACGCAUAGUGGUAAACUGGAAGCUGGCCAUUAUGUGACAUAUCUCAGGUUAAACAAUCACUGGUACAGAUGUGAUGAUGCCUGGGUAACCAGAGUUGAGGAGCAUACUGUCAGAACUUCUCAGGCUUACAUGCUCUUCUAUGUGCAGAAGACGCUUUACUACAAAGCCUGUGAAAGAGCAGCUGCUGUCUGAACACAUUGAUGGCACUACUCUACACCACCAGGAAAAGUAGUAAUCGAAUCAGAUACAUAUAUAGUUCCAUCAAGAGGAAAAAUGCUUGGCAUUUUCACAGCACAGCCAUCGAGACAAAUGGUGGUCAAAGCUUUUGCAUUCUCGUUGACCUAUAGAUUCAAUCAGAGGGGGCGUUUUUGGCGAUUUUCUUUACAGCCAGCUGCCUAAAGUGAAGAUGGUCCAAUUUUGUCUUGAAUUAUCAUAUUAUCCUGAUUAAUGGAUAUCUUGUGGUGAUUUCGAUAAAACUGAAGGAACUUCAGUAUUUGAUACCAUUGGUGGUGAGGAUGCUCUAACCAAUCGUGCUGGUAUUUAACAUUGGAUUGAGCAAGGAGAGAAUUGAAAAGUUGUAGAAAUGAGACAAAAGGGAACCGGAUUUUUCAUGUGUUCCUUUCCGUAAUUGCAUGCUUGCUCUGCUGAAGGUAGAGUUUUCUUGCUGAUAUCGAUCA